CGCGCGGUCUUGUUCAGUACGCUGAAACGCAAUCUAUUUGAACAGUUGUCUGCUUGUAACGAGUACAUAUACGCAUUGUUAUUGUUCUCUUCGCGAGUGUAUAGUUUUACUUGUAAACUAACUCGGUACUUUUUUCUUUCAUCCUGCAUCCAAGAGGAGGAAUGCCAAGUGACUGUCGCGAUUGUCUGGGAAUUCGUUUUCGAAUUAGUACCCUACACCAGACCUGGAAGUGGCUGCAUCAGACCAUCGCCCUCCACGAGUACCUCAUCGCCCUCUCAGCGUCCGCUGCCGAUGCUCCUUGUGCUCAACACUAGAGUGUUCCACCAGAAUCUUUGAACACAAAUUUUAGUGAUAUAUUUAGAACUGUUACUACCAAAUUAAGGUAAAUCUACGCUUAUAAACUGUUUUUAUCUUUUCAUACAAAAAAGUGUCUAUUUGUGAACUGUUUAAACUAAAAUUUAUCAA